AAAGUUAUUCUGUAAUAUUCAGGACUGUAGAAAAUAUUGGGAAAAAAUCUAAGCGCGAGUACUUUUUCAAUGACUCAUACAAAAUGGUGAAUUCUUUCGAAGAUACAUCGUCCUGGUUUAAAGCAGGGUUAGUGUUUAUUAUAUUAGCGCUUAUAUUAGAUGCUACAGGAUUUUCGUUACCAUAUUUUCUGGAGGAAUGGGUAAAUAAUUCUGAGAGAUGGAAUUCUGGACUCUGGCAAACAUGUACCCGGAAUGGAUGGAGGGAUGUCGAAUGCACGGACAGUAUAUUCACGGAUACAGGAUGGUUUCUUGGAGCUAAGAUAUUACAUUGUGUAGGAAUAUCAACAACUAUUCUUACCUUGAUCGUAUCCCUCAUAUUAUUGAUAGCUCUGACAAAUUCACGACUGACAAACAUCAAUGUGACUAUCUGUUUCACGGCAUUAUCAGCAGUUGGCACGGGAACUUUGAUAUGUAUCAAGAUGCUACUGAUCACACCUGAGAACACAGAUUUUCUACACAGAUAUCUGGGGAUGUCUUUUUACCUUUGUAUAAGUGCUACAGCAUCUUUGCUCCUCGCCUGGAUAUUUCUUAUGAUCGACCAAAGGAAAUCAAACUCAUAAACGAAGACAGAGAUAUGUGUCCAACUCUUCAUAAGUUGAAAUGAAUUCCGGUAUUUUCUUCCCUAUUCGUGACAAGUAAAAUUCAGAAGUUGGUUUUCGUAGGAGCAGUUAUAUCAUGUAAACAGCGGCAAACAGCAUCGUUAUAAACGGUAUAUCGUUAUAAGCGGUAUAUCGUUAUAAGCGUUAUAUCGUUAUAAGCGGUAUAUCGUUAUAAGCGUUAUUUCGUUAUAAGCGGUAUAUAUAUUGUUAUAAGCGGUAUCGUUAUAAGAAGAGUUGACUGUAGAUAUUACAACAGAAUAUUCAUUAUAUGUAUAGUACUAAAUACUCAAUGAAAGACUUUGCAAGUCACUUCUUGUUCGAAGAAAUGCAUUGAUUAUAAUAGUGCAAAAACUAUGUUGAUAAUCAUAUUGGUUUCAUUUUGUGUAUUCUAUCAUUCUACCUCAUAUCUGAUCUCAGGCCAUAUAACGUGUAUAACGAAUUGUCUAUCUUAGAUUUGACUGUCACUGCAAACUACAUACAAAUGAAAGAGAGGCUUUCACUACAAAACUACAUAUGAGCCGCGUCACGACAAAA